ACUUUAAUACUAUUAUAAUCUCACAUAUUCUCCUAUUUUCCAUGUCGGAAUACACGAACACAUAAUUUAAUAGUCUACACAACAACUAUGUAGAUUUUAGGCCUCCCUAGCUACUAGCCCACAAGCCGAAAAGCGAAUCGAAGCUAAGAAGAAGAGCUCAAAAAAGCUCUCUUUCUCCAAACAACCCACCCACACUCUCUCUAUUGUCAAAGCAAACAGGAUAAAAACAAAGCUGCUUUGGGGGCUGCAAGUGCAACCUUGCUUUCCUUUCUUUGCUACUCUCAAACCUGCAAUUCUCUCCCUCCAAAAGCAUUAUACUAUUCCUCUCUCUCUCUCUCUCUCUCUCUCUACAAAACCAAACCAAACCAAACCAACCAAACCAAACACAUUCACAAACACAUGCUCCUCCUCUUCCCCUCUAAAAAAAACAAGAAAGAAUGAUAAGCGGAGCAGACUUCUACCACGUGAUGACGGCGGUGGUGCCGCUCUACGUGGCCAUGAUCCUCGCCUACGGCUCCGUGAAAUGGUGGAAGAUCUUCACCCCGGACCAGUGCUCCGGCAUCAACCGCUUUGUCGCCCUCUUCGCCGUCCCCCUCCUCUCCUUCCACUUCAUCGCCAGCAACGACCCCUACACCAUGAACCUCCGCUUCAUCGCCGCCGACACCCUCCAGAAACUCAUCGUCCUCGCCCUCCUCGCCGUCUGGGCCAACGUCACCAAGCGCGGCUGCCUCGAGUGGACCAUCACCCUCUUCUCCCUCUCCACCCUCCCCAACACCCUCGUCAUGGGCAUCCCUUUACUCAAGGGCAUGUACGGCGACUUCUCCGGCUCCCUCAUGGUCCAGAUCGUCGUCCUCCAGUGCAUCAUCUGGUACACCCUCAUGCUCUUCAUGUUCGAGUACCGCGGCGCCAAGCUCCUCAUCUCCGAGCAGUUCCCCCACACCGCCGCCUCCAUCGUCUCCAUCCACGUCGACUCCGACGUCAUGUCCCUCGACGGCCGCCACCCGCUCGAGACCGAGGCCGAAAUCAAACAAGACGGGAAACUCCACGUCACCGUCAGGAAAUCCAACGCCUCCAGGUCCAUGGGAUUCUCCUCCAACACCCCGCGCCCCUCCAACCUCACCAACGCCGAGAUCUACUCGCUCCAGUCCUCCCGGAACCCCACCCCGAGAGGCUCCAGCUUCAACCACACCGAUUUCUACUCCAUGAUGGCAGGCGGGGCCCACCGCACCUCCAACUUCGGCCCCGGAGAAGCUCUCCCCUCGCGUGGCCCCACCCCCCGCCACUCCAAUUUCGAUGAGGAGACCGCUAAUAAUAAUAAUAAUAACAAGCCUAGGUUCCACCACGGAGCUGCUGCGAAUUACCCGGGGCCGAAUCCCGGGAUCGUUUCGCCGAAGGCGGCCGGGAAGAAGCAGAGGAGUGAGGAAGGGGGGAAGGAUCUGCACAUGUUUGUGUGGAGCUCCAGCGCUUCUCCGGUGUCGGAUGUUUUCGGCGGCCAUGAUUAUAAUUCGUUGGACCAGAAUGGGAAGGAUCAUGUUAGGGUUACUGUUUCUCCGACGAAAGUGGAAAGGGAGAAUGAAGAGGAUUAUGUGGAGAGAGAUGAUUUCAGCUUUGGGAAGGAGAGAGAGAAUGGGGAAGAGAACAAAGUGAAAGUGAUGCCUCCAACAAGUGUGAUGACAAGGCUCAUCUUGAUCAUGGUUUGGAGGAAGCUCAUCAGAAAUCCCAACACUUACUCUAGCUUGAUUGGCUUAACAUGGUCUCUAGUUUCAUUUAGGUGGAAUGUGGAAAUGCCUGCAAUUAUAGCCAAGUCCAUAUCCAUACUGUCAGAUGCAGGCCUUGGAAUGGCCAUGUUCAGUCUAGGUCUGUUCAUGGCAUUGCAGCCGAGGAUCAUAGCAUGUGGGAAUUCGGUGGCCUCCUUUGCAAUGGCUGUGAGAUUCCUUACAGGACCAGCUGUCAUGGCUGCCGCUUCCAUCGCCGUUGGCCUCCGCGGUGUUCUCUUGCGCGUCGCCAUUGUCCAGGCUGCUCUACCUCAAGGAAUUGUCCCCUUUGUUUUUGCCAAGGAGUAUAAUGUACACCCUGACAUUCUCAGCACGGGGGUGAUAUUUGGAAUGUUAAUUGCGUUGCCAAUAACAUUGGUGUACUACAUUUUGUUGGGGCUAUGAAGUGGGAAGAAAGAGUAGUGUAUUUAACAUCAAGUAUUUGGACAAGGAGACAUCUUUGUGAGGCAGCCACAAAAAGGGAGGGAGGGCCAUGGAUCCAUUAGAUUGAUUUCUGUUUUUCCUAGUGAAAAAAGGUGUAAAGUUAUGUCUGUAGCUCAUCUUUCAGGAAAAAAAAAGAUGAUGGUUUAAUUAAUUAGUUUUUCUAAUAUAUUUA